UUAUACAGGGAAUCAGAGCAAUUCUUAAUUCCUAGAGUGAUUUCGGUAUUUGCGUUGGAAGUAAUUCGCAUACAUACAUUUUAAAUUUGUAUAUAUGUAAUUUGUAAAAGAGUUCUAUAUCAGAAUAUAUUUAAGUAAUUUACGUUCCUUUCCUAAACGUGUAAAAUUCCGAAUUACUUACACGCAUUAAUUAAUAUUUGUAAAAUAUUGAAGCCAAUGAAAAUAAGUUCUAGGAGAUAUGAUCCGUAACCUUGUCAAUGGCAAAUACUGAUAAUUAUUAUAUUUUGCGUAUAAAAAGUUAACUAUGCACAAACAUACAUAUGUGUAUUUUCGGGAAGGAUUGCAAAAGAGUUGUUAAAGAGUUAGUCAAAAUAUAAAAACAAAUAUAAGAGAUAAUUGAUAAUUUGGGGAUUAGUUUCUAAACAAAAUCGGAACAAUUACAUCAUAAUGGCGACUUCAGGAACAGCUGCGUCGGCGACAGCACACGCUACCAGUGUUGUUGUUUUGGAUCGCGGCAACAAUACCACAUGCACCAUAAAUCUGCAUGGAGCAACUGUCGUAUCAUGGCGUGUUAAUAAUCAGGAGCAACUGUUUGUAAGUAAACUUGCGUCAUUUGAUGGAAAAAAAGCUAUACGUGGCGGCAUACCUUUCGUAUUUCCUCAAUUUGGACCCUGGUCAUUUGGUCCGCAGCACGGAUUCGCACGCAUAACUAGAUGGAAUUUGGAGCGAUCUCCAGAACGCUUGCAUAAUGGGGAUGUUGAAGCUAUUUUCUCUUUGAUGGACAACGAAUUUACUCGUUCUAUGUGGAAUUAUCAGUUUCGAAUCACAUAUCGGCUGAUUUUACGAGAAAAGGAGUUACAUUUUCACAUAGGAGUAUAUAAUCCCAGCAAAGAUUUAUCCUUCACAUUCAAUAUGCUGUUGCAUACAUAUCUAAAAGUUCCUGAUGUACGCCGCUGCCAAAUAACCGGAUUGCAUGGAUGCACAUUUAUUGAUAAGACUCGUGAAGGUGCUAUUUAUCAGGAAGGGCGUGAAAUAGUAACCGUAGGGGAGUGGACGGAUCGAAUUUACCAACACACUCCUCAAGAACACGUCAUAACGAACGUUGUAUCCGGAAGAAAAAUGCGAUUACAAAAGUACAAUUUUCCUGAUACAGUGAUUUGGAAUCCGUGGAUAGAUCAAGCAAGAGAAAUGAGCGAUUUUGGGGAUGAUGAAUUUCCCAAUAUGUUGUGUGUGGAGUCGGGUCAUGUGUCAUCGCCAGUUAUUUUAUUACCAGGCACAGCAUUUGAAGCCAGCCAAAUACUACAGAGUUUCAAAUGUCCAAAAGUAACUCACGAUGAAAAUGAAUUAGCAAAGAAAAACAGAAGUAUCAAGAAUAAGCAAGUCAGGGAUGUGGGCUUUUGGAAAUGCUUCGAUUUAGAAAUCCAGUCAUAAAAUCAUCAUCGAGGGGAAUGUCAAUAGAAAAACUAAACGAAAUCGCUAACGUUUAAAGAAUCGGAACCCGCAGAGGUAAACCGAUUCAUAAACUCCAAAUUGCAGAAUAAAGUACAUAAAUAUAAGCUGUUUACAUCGAAGCUCAAAAACAAAGUGAAGAAAGAGAAAAAAUCGUCAAUUUUCUCAAUUACAAAAUAAAGCAUUCCUUCAAAUAAAAAAAUGGUACAUUGAUACAUAUGUAUGUACAUAAAUAAAUAGAUGUGAUUAUAAAUUGCAAAGUUCGUCGAAAUUAAAUUAAACUUGCCAAUUUUUACUUAAGUAACUAAAAUUUCUGUUAUAUAUAGGUAUUACUACUUUGGUGUUAUAUUUCGAAAUCGCAUACAAUAAUUUUGAAAACAUCGUUAGUUGUAACUAAAAGGUGCUAAGUCAGUGCGUUCAAGUUUUGAUAAUAUGUACAUAUAUUAAAAUGAUGACAAAAAAUUAUUGUAAAAUUAUUUAGCUGUUUUUAUAGUAAUUAUAAUGAUGUAAUUAAUUAAUUUAACGCAAUUGGGCUGAAGGUUCUAAGGAAUGCCUGAUCUUUACAUAAACAUAGUUAUUAUGUUAAGUAUGGUCACAAUAUUUACAUAAGCAAUAGAAAUCAAGAGCAAUUGUCUGAAAAUUAUUGAAAUAAAACAAUAUCUGUCAAUGGCUUCCAAUGUAGUUAACUUAUGAAAACGUGUAUGUAUAAUUAUAUUUAUUUUAAACUAUUAUUCAAAAUCUUAAAAAAAUAAUAAUUUAAUGACUUCAUUAAGAAUGAUUUUAAAUUGCAUGAAAAUGUAGGUAUUUAGCAAAAUUUGCAAAUUAAGCUUAUUGUUAUAAUUACAACUUGCUUCUACGUUAUUGACAAUACCAUAUUUAUACUGACGUUAAUAAAAACUUGGUAGUAAAAUAACCGAAAAAAAUAAUACUAAAAUACUCUUACAUUUGGAUAAUGAUAUAAAUGACCUAGGCACAGAUUUUUUAAUUAGUGUUCACAACUUAUCUGUUUUAGAGCAGCGUUUUAUGUUUUCUAUAAGCAAUAAGAAAAAUUAUUGUAUUUUCAUUUUUUAUUUAAUCCAGUGACAACAGUUAAUUCUGUCUAAAAUGUGUUAAAUUAAACUGAAGUACGAAUAUACCAUUUUAAUACCACUUUCUUGUAUCCGAUUUUAACUCUGUUAUUGCAAUUAUUCUUUGUUUAUCACGGCCUGGCAAGCAAAAUCGCUGUAAUUUUGAGUAUUCCAUGAAAAUAUAAUGUUUGUUUAACUUUAUAAAAAAUAAUUAUAAUUUUAACCACUAUUAAGAAAUCAUUAAUAAUAUGUUUGUUAACUUACAAUGAGGGUAUAUUUUCUCCUGCAAUAUUUGACAUCUAAUCAAGGAAUUUUAAUUAUACGUAAAUAAUAUUUGAGAACGCGUAAAUUUUCCACUUUUUUAUAAUACUUUUUUCUUACAUAAACUAAGAUUUUAUAACCACAAAUGUUAAAUAAAUUUACACAAACAAAAAGGUGCUCAAAAAUAUUUAUCAGUAAGUUUAUCCUUAUGCAUUUUUUAUGUAUAUAUGUUUUGUAAACAUUUAGUUUGAAUAUGUUAAGUUAAACAGUUACCGAUUAUAUGCUAUACGUAUGCAAGAGAACAUAUGAAUUAUUGUGAUAAUGUGUGUUACAUAAAAUUGAUUUGCCGAUAUAUUUUAUACGUAAUAAAAAUCCUAUCAAUAUUAAAGUAUUCAAAAUUUAAGCAAAUAAUUAUAUUAUAAUUAUUAUCGAACAUAUUAUGUGCUAAAAUUAACACAUUCCUAUAUGCCCGUAUUUGCAUAUGUAUUCGUAAGACGAUUUUUGUAAGCAUCAAGUACGAGUAAAAUAAAUUUCUUAAAGCCAAGUAUACGAUUUUGUAACCUGCUAUACCUAAAAUUCAUAUAUAUAUAUAUACAUAUAUUUAACAUUCAUAUACUUGUAUAUAUGUUUGUAACUGUGCGUUAUAAUAACCAAGUGAAAGACAUGCAUACAAAUGUAAAGGAAUAAAACAAUAACGUUGUAAUUAAAUAAAGAAUAUAUAACAUUUAAGUAAGACUUUUUUUACUCACCAAGGUAUGUAUAGUAUAACUAGGGAUGCAAACGAUGUAUCGAUGUUUUUGAAACAUCGAUGUUUUCGUCAAAAAGCAUCGAUGAUAGCCAUCGAUGUCUCGAAUCUAAAAACAUCGAUGCAUCGAUGUCACUUUCAACGAUGUUUUAUGUCGAUGUUUUAUAUAAAAAUUUGACUUCACACCUUCACACUUUUUCGGGUAUUAACUCGAAACCCUCUAUUUGGAUACGCUUUAUUACAUUGGAAUUCGAUUUUUGUAAAAUAGGGAUAUUAAUAUUUAUUUAUACAAUUUAAUUCUGACGUAGGCUACUGCGUUAGAUCAGAGAUUCAAAUUACUGCAUUUUAAAGAUGCUAUGGCUAAAAGAAAUACUUUUUUUUGUUUCAUAAAAAAUUAAAAGAAUCGCGCUGAUACAACGGAAUCUUCGGAUGAGUGUGAAACAGAAUACUCGUUUGAUAUUUGGAACCAGAAUAAACAUUUGGUCCACCAAAAGGUGAAAUAUAAACUGUAAAAUUUAUCUACAAUUACAGGGACGGAAGGUUGAAGAGAAAGUGUAUCUUGGCACCCCUACCAAUUAGAAACCAAUAGAGUUUGGGUUGACAUGAAUACUGUGUUUCCGGAGUUGUAUAAAUAGGCUUAUUAAUAUUUACACAUUGUGGCCACUUCAGUGCCGAGUAAACGACCGUUUUCUAAGCCCAGGGCAACUAUCACGCAGAAGUAAAAUCGAAAAGAAAUGACAUUGAAAAAACUUUUUAUGUCAUUGUUUUGAAAUUCUGAUAUUUAUUGAGAAAAAACUUUAACAGGCAUAUAAUGAUAAGUGAAAUAAAAUGUAUCAACUUAAGACGUACUACAUUUCAUUUAUUUGUGCUUCUGCUUCUGUAUCCCUUAGCUUUUCAUACUAAAUUUAAAAUAAGUUAAAAAAGUUCAAAAAUACAUCGAUGUUUCGAUAUAUCGAUGUUUUAAUGGCCGAUGUUUUUUAUUUCGAUGGGUUUUGAAGAAACAUCGAUACAUCGAACCAUCGAUGUUUCAUUUCACGAUGUUUGCAUCCCUAAGUAUAACAUACAUUUGGAAAAAUCAUAUGAAAUAUUAAUGAAAAAAUUUAAUGAUGUAUAAAAUGAUAUAAAUUCCGUGACAUUCUGAACCAUUUUGUAAAAGCGAUUAGAUUAUUACGAACGUUGAUUAGUCUGCAUAAAAAUUCCCGUUCCAGUUAAAAAUUUUAAUAUUUUAAAUACUUCUAUUAAAAGCUGACUUUUGUAUAACGCUAUAGCGGAAAAGGUUUUUAUAUUCCAAACUUGAUGCGCUUGUACCGUGGUGGUAGCUGACGUAAUUGAUAGUUUUUGAUGACAUAAGAUAUUUCGUCCUGUCCUCAUAAACCUAGUAUGCCCUGGACAUCAGUUACCUACCAGAUUACCUCCUCGGUCACUACAUGAUAAUACUCCUACUCCUUCUCUAACUCGCCUCAUCUUUUCAUACAAGUUUCAAUCAUUACCCAUGUCUGCCAGCUUUUCGAGGUUUUCAUACUCACACAUUUCGGUCUAUUUCUUUUUACGUCUGAAAAUGCGUCUCUUUUCCCUCUUCAGCUAUCCCACCGCACACGUGUUUUGGUGCGUUAUAUGAGAUAACCCAACUAUACGAUUUUUCAAAUUAUUUGAAAUAAUUAAUUAUUAAUUUAAUUUAUUUAUGUAGCUUCAGCUUUCAGCUUUACACUCGCAAUGGGGCUGAUAUCUUUGUGUUACAGUUUCAAAAUGGGCGAAAUCGGACGCCUAUUUCCCACCUGACAUUAUUUUAAAUACUUUCACUAUUAAAUAGAUAAAUCAAGUACCAAAUAUAUCGAAAUAAAGCUUAGAGCAAAAAUAUACUUCAAAACUCAUUAUAUCCUUGUUGAUGUAUUCAUACAAUAUACAUAUGUAUAUUUUUCUUUAUUUAUUACAAUAUACAUACAUAUAUGUAUUUUUAUUGCAUACUGUAAUUAGCUGCUGAAAAAAGCUAAAACUAACAUAAAACAAGUAAGGAAGGGCUAAGUUCGCGUGUAACCGAACAUUUUAUACUCUGGCAAUUUAUUUAUUUAACUUUAUUAAUAUUAUAUAAUACACAAUUUGACCCACAUAUUCGUCAUAUAUAUUGUCCAUUGAAAGUUGGAAACCAUAAUAUUAGGUUAGAAGCACCGAGGUCCUCAUGUUCGAUAUAUGGGGCCUUGAAAACCUAUGGUCCGAUUUCGGCGAUUUUUAGAAUGGGGCUGCCACACUAUAAACGUAGUAUUUGUGCAAAGUUCUGCAUCGAUAUCUUCACUAGUGCUUACUUUAUAUAUUGUAAAGUAAACGAUUCAGAUCGUCUUCAAAGUUCUGAUAUAUAGGAAGUAGGCGUGGUUGUGAAGCGAUUUGCCUAUUUUCACACCAUAUCAUUGGGAUCUAAGCAAACUAUUACAAACCAAGUUUCAUUGAAAUCGGUCGAAUAGUUCCUGAGAUGUGGUGUUUGACCCAUAAGUGGGCGAUGCCACGCCCAUUUUCCAUUUUGUAAAAAAAUCUGAGUGCAGCUUCUAUCUGCCAUUUCUUAUGUGAAAUUUAAUGUUUCUGGCGUUUUUCUUUAGUGAGUUAACCCACUUUUAGUAGUUUUCAACAUAACCUUUGUAAAAAAAAAAUUACAUCCACAUAUGCCCCUUCAUAGUGCGAUCCUUCAUACCAAAUUACUUCCAUAGCUUUAUUUAUAGCUUAGUUAUGGUACUUUAAGUGUUUUCGGGUUUCGACAUUUUGUGGGCGUGGCAGUGGUCCGAUUACACCCAUUUUCGAACUUAACCUUCUUAUGGUGCCAAAAAAUACGUCUUCCAAGUUUCAUCAAGAUAUCUCAAUUUUUACUCAAGUUAUAGCUUGCACGGACGGACGGACAGACAGACAUCCGGAUUUGAACUUUUCUCGUCACCCUGAUCAUUUUGAUAUAUAUAACCCUAUAUCUAACUCGUUUAGUUUUAGGACUUACAACCAACCGUUAUGUGGACAAAACUAUAAUACUCUCGUAGCAACUUUGUUGCUUUGUUGAGUAAGGUUUGUUUCGUCGAAAAAAGACCUUUUUUCAUUAAUUUUUUUAGAAAAAAUUAUUGCUGUAGGUUUAUUUUACUUAUUAUUAUAUGAAAGUGCAACAUUUGAAGGAUACUUAAAAAAGUUUUAUCGAAAAAUAACGAGGAAUAACGGAUUUAUCGUCGAUCUCUGCAGGCACCUCGAAAAAAAGUUGUUGUGCGGUGACCAGCCUACAGCAUCACUGGAUCAUCCGAAACCAAAAAAUCAAAAUGCUUUCUUUAGUUUAUUAGUUUAUCUUUCAAUUGACGUCGAGUUUUUUUUAAUUUUUAAAAUUUUCAAUUUUUGGUACCAUUUUCAAGCCAAAAUGACGA